CAGGAUGACAAAGCUUUCAUUGAAAGGAGUAGUAGAUAGUGAAAGAGUACAGAUUGAGGAUAUUAUGCUUUGUGAAGGCGUUCAGAGUGGUCUUGAAUCUCCAGAAUAUUGUAGCGGUAGAUGUGCUCCCACAGUUGAGAAAGCUAUGCAUCAUUUCCACCAAUUGCUUCAUGAUAAUCUUAAAAUCACUGGGAUUCUAAAAUAUCUGAACAACAUUUGGAUAGACUAAAUAUUGCAAGAGUGCUUAUAUCAACCUCAUCUCUGAAUAUAUAUGGGAAACUCUAAAUUUCCUAUGACGGCUAUUGAAGACAAUUGCAGUGAAGCUCUCAUCGCCUCUAAUAUGUCACCAAUGGUGAGUUCCUCGAGCGAGAGUUCAUUCCCUGAAACAGAUUUCAUCAAUGGCAAUACUCAAGAUGAACGAGUCUGAUAUUCCAAGUCACCAAGUGAGUGAGGCCAAAUCAUCUGAUUCUUUAUUAACGGGAGAUUGUUUUGAGGCUUCCAAGAGUGGAGAGUUGCUAGAUGGCCUUCAUCCUAUUUGUAACUAGUAUGAUGGGGUCCCUCCUGGUAUCUUACUGGAUAUCUCACUUGAGCUUUUGGAGAACCAUAACAAUUAUGAGACUCUCUCUCUUCCACCUCCCCUUAAUUUGGAAGAUUGUGAGCUACAGAGUAAUGGUUGGGCUACUAAUAAGGAGCCCAUGGCUAAUGAGCUUUCACAAUAUAACGGGCUUCUAAUCAAAACUCGGAUCUCAUCCCUUAUAACAGCCCAAAUCAUGAAGAAUAUCUAGACAUGAAAUUUCAGGUGAGCCUCUCUUACCAACAU